AUGGACCCAACUCCUCAACCAAAACCAAAAACCACUCGAGACGACUUCGAAACUAUCGGAACUCUCGGUCACGGCGCAUUUGGUUUAGUUGAGCACGUAAGAAAAAAGGACUCAAACAAAGAAUAUGCAAUAAAAACUGUUGAAAAAAUCCACCUGAAAAAAGAAGGCAAAACAGAACAAGCAAUGAGAGAAAAAGACAUGCUCACCAAAAGCAGACUUCACCCGGGCGUAGUUAAGCUGCACUAUACUUUUCAUGACAAAGAUUACCUGUAUUUUGUUAUGGAGUAUUGCCCAAAUGGAGACUUAAACCAAUGCAUAGAAAGGUAUGCUCAGUCAUUUCCUUAUGAGCUGGCAAGGUUUUAUGCUGCAGAACUUGUGAAUAUUCUGGAAUUUAUGAGGACAAAAAAUAUCAUUCACAGGGAUAUUCCAUUUAAUAAACUAUCGCAGGCUGCGCAUAAAUAGUAAAAAAUAAUAAAUAUUUAUAUACAAAAGUCAUAUAAAACCUCAGAAUAUUCUUAUUUCAUCUGAUCAUCAUAUCAGGCUAACUGACUUUGGAAGCGCGAAAAUUUAUGACGAUGACGCAAGAGGAAGAAGCAACACUUUUGUAGGCACAGCUGAUUAUGUUUCUCCUGAGAUGCUUGAUGAAGGACCUGUAUCGUACGCAGCUGAUUUGUGGGCAUUUGCAUGCAUAGUUUUUCAAAUGUUUGCAGGAAGGCCACCAUUUGCAGCUGAAAAUCAAUUUUUAACAUUUGAAAGAAUAAGGUCAGGAGUCGUGCAAUUUCCUAGCCAUAUGACUCCUCAAGCUAUUGACUUGAUUGGAAGGAUUCUUCAAAUUCAGCCUGAGAGCAGAUUAGGAUAUAACGAUAUAAAUGAAUUGAAAUCGCAUGAAUUCUUCAAUGGGAUUGAUAUUGAUAUACCUAACUUAAUAAAUGCUAUAAAAUAUUUUUUUAUUAAAAUAAAAACCUAAUAGCAAGCUUAAUCUAUUUUAGUAUAAUGUAUAUUCUUUAUCAUGCCCCACAAUACAAGAAGUCAUUACUCCUCCAAUUGUGCAUAGCACCAACGUCAUUAAAAGUGGAAUUGUAAAGAAAAAAGGUGUCUGAAUCUUCAGAAAAAGACUACUUGUUAUAACAGAAGAACCAAGAAUCGCAUAUUACGAGCCAAAUGGGCAGUUCAAAAGAGGAGAACUCAACCUCAGCUCAGAAGUAAGAAGCGAGGUGCAUGGGAGAAAGAAAUUUGUGAUUUUUACCCCUGAAAAGCAAUAUUUAUUUGAAGACGAAGAACCUGAAGUGUGGGUUGAUACAAUUAAUAGACUCAUUCAAAGAUUUUAUGGCUAA